AAGAAAUUCAAAUCCGACUUAUUCCUGUACUUCAAGUUCAAAGUAUUUCCUGAAUAUUAUAAUAUCCAACAUUAGAAUGAAACUUCAUAAAAUGCCGGUAUAAUUAAGUAUUGUGAACUUUUCUUGAGAACUGUAUUGGAAUUAAACAUAGGACAACAUCAGCUGAUUGCCAGACAGCCGACAACACAGAGCAAGAUGAAAAAAACAAGUUUUGAAGUUUGAGCACAAAUACAGCGGAACUGCCGAGUCAGAUCCGUACGGUCUGGCGUGACGCCCGCUCACUCGCGCGCUGCACAGCUAUCGGCCUGUGUGGACAUAAAAAGUUUUCUGUGCGCUAAUAAUCGGUGGUGAAAGUAGGUGGAGAUGUCGCGCGAACAAUCGGACUGAUAUGCCCGCGUGUACUUUGAAUAAAUUAUUCGAAUUUCGAAAGCUGACUAUGGUGUAAACUGGUGUUUUUCUGUUGAAUAUAUGCGUUACAAGAAGGCUCUGUGAAAAUACUAUAGGUUUCAUACAUUUUGUGAAAAAUUUAUAAAUUUUUGUGAGAACUAAAGUGAAAAUGGCUUUAACAAUGGAACAGAAAAAUGAUCUUGAUUUUAUACUUAAGAACUUGUUGGCUGGGGGUGUAGCAGGAAUGUGCGCAAAAACGACAGUGGCGCCAUUAGAUCGUAUGAAGAUUCUGUUACAAGCCCAGUCUUCGCAUUACAAAAACCAUGGAGUCAUCGGCGGCCUGGGUGCCAUAGUCAAGAAGGAGUCCCUAAUAGCUCUGUACAAGGGGAACGGGGCUCAAAUGGUCAGGAUAUUCCCCUACGCAGCCACGCAAUUCACCAGCUUCGAGAUAUACAAAAAGUAUCUAAGCGGUCUCCACAUCCCGCUGGUGCAACACGGCGACAAGUUCGUGGCGGGCGCGGCGGCCGGCGUCACGGCGGUCACCCUGACCUACCCGCUCGACACCAUCCGGGCUCGCCUCGCCUUCCAGAUCACCGGCGAGCACAAGUACACCGGCAUAGCGCAUGCUGCCACCACUAUGUUUAGAACGGAGGGUGGUAUCCGGGCGUUGUACCGCGGCUUCGUGCCUACCAUGAUGGGCAUGGUUCCGUACGCCGGCUUCAGCUUCUACUGCUUCGAGAGCCUCAAGUUUUUCUGCAUGAAGUACAUGCCCACCAGGUUGUGCCGCAAAUGUGAUAGGAAUACAGGCGGGCUGGUGCUAACAGUCCCGGGCAAGCUGGUGUGCGGCGGGCUGGCGGGCGCGGUGGCGCAGUCCGUGUCGUACCCGCUGGACGUCACGCGCCGCCGCAUGCAGCUCGCCUGCAUGGACGCGCACACCGCCAAGUUCGGUACCGGUAUGGUGAAAACACUGACUCUCAUAUACCGCGAGAACGGCAUAGUGAAGGGUCUGUACCGCGGCAUGAGUAUCAACUAUAUUCGAGCGAUACCCAUGGUCGCCACCUCCUUCUCCACGUACGAGCUGAUGAAGCAGCUGCUGCACCUUGACACCGGCAUGAAGGUCUCCUAACCCUCACCAUACAGGAAACAUUGUUACGAGCCCCGAGGUAAAGCACAAACGUGCACAAUUAUGGCUCAUCUAGGCAAUGCGUGAAAUGAGUGCAAUGAGUUGCUAGCUACCCUCUAGCCAAGUGACAUUUCUACAACCUCUUACAUGAAUAGAAAACUCUCGAAUGUAUGGAGAUGACAUUUCCUUUCGAUAAUUCACGUAUUACCUGCCUUCUUCAUACAUUGGAAUGUUGCAGAUACCAUAGUCGCCGGCAAUGUAUAGCUACUUGCCGUACAUUCCCCGCAUUAUCUAUAUCAGCUUUUAGCAAUAUUCAAACAAGUAACUGAUUAAGAUAUAUUCUUAUUUUUAAGUCUUGCUUCAACUGACUAUUUUUCAAAAAUGACAAUUUGACAAAUACUAUAAUUAGAUGUAACUCGUUCUUUUGUAAAACUUUCACAGAGAUAGGUAGAUAGAUAUGUAUCUCGAUAAGAUUAUUUCUGUGCUGUAUUUUGGCUAAUCGCCAUUUAAUUUUUUACCCAUGACUAUUAAACUCUCGCGACGUUAUUUCAAACUGUAUUUAAAUGAAACUUGACAGUUCCUUUUCUUGUAAAAUCAGUAUUUGAGUCUUGGUAGUCCUCACUUACGUUGUUAUACCACACUAUUCUGUGUAUACUUCGAUAGGUGUAUAUCUUAGUAUUAAGAGUCGUUAUUUAAAAUUGCGCGUUACAUAUUUGUUAUCUUUACUGUGAAUGUCCUUUCAUAUAUUUAUAUUAGCAAAUUGUAUAGAUAUAAUUGUUGUUAUCUAGCGUUAAGUAUAAACCCGUGCCUUUGCUAUUUCUCACAAAGUACCUAAUUAAAAUAUUUCAGUACCAUAAAUGUUACAUACUUUGUAUUUUUUACGUGAUAGUGUACGACUUCCCUUCUAUACAAUUUCUUCUAUGUCAAUUCUCGAACGAAAAGUGUUUGUAAUACUCUAUCGUAUAUAAACUGGCCUUUUAACCUAUGUAGUCACAAACAGGUCCGUUACGGUGGACUGUCGUAAACUCGUCCGACAAGACUUACCGUUUUAACGGACGGCGACUCUUGCUACAUACCUACACUUAUACAAGCAUGAUUGUCGUAGUAACAAUGAGAUUACGUUACUGUAUCAAGUAUUUCUGUCUGACUAUAUAAUAGACCCAGGAAGCAGCUUUAAAAUGGUGUGUUGUGUAUGAAAAGAAUGACUAAGUUGGAUAAAUUCAUUCCACAUUCAUAAAUACUGUACUUAGGUAUAUUACACUUAUAUACUCCUGAGCUUUGUCAAGUCAGCUACAUAUAUUACUGUUAAGCACAAAUUAGUUACAUAUUUUUCUAAUGUUUGAGUAUUUUUAGUAAAGCAGCACAUGCUCAGUUCUAUUCUUCUUAGUUUCCUGAUUUAAUAAGAAAUAUUAGUAUCGACAAUGUUUCACCAAAGAUUCUGUUAGAGAAUAAAAACAAUGCAAAAAUAUUUAAACAUAAAAAUUGAAUACUCAAUGCAACUCAAAAAGAAAUGUUAUAUUUUUCAAAAGCAAAAUGUAUGGACUGGAAGUAACAAUAAACGUAUUUAUUAUAGUAAAUUAUUUUCAUGUAA